AUGGCGAACUCGUUCCCAGAGGAGGUGCUAGAACACGUGUUCUCGUUCAUACAGUCGGACUCGGACCGGAACUCGAUCUCGAUGGUGUGCAAGUCGUGGUACGAGAUCGAGCGAUGGUGCAGGAGGAGAAUAUUCAUCGGGAACUGCUACGCCGUGAGCCCUAGGAUGAUGAUCAGACGGUUCCCAGACAUUAGAUCCAUCGAGCUCAAAGGGAAGCCUCACUUCGCCGACUUUAAUCUGGUCCCUGAAGGCUGGGGUGGCUAUGUCCACCCCUGGAUCGCCGCCAUGGCUGAUGCCUACCCUUGGCUUGAGGAGAUCAAGCUCAAGAGGAUGGUUGUCACCGACGAGACCCUGGAGCUGAUUGCCAAGUCUUUCAAGAAUUUCAAGCUCCUUGUGCUUUCGUCUUGCGAGGGCUUCAGCACUGAUGGCCUUGCCGCCAUUGCUGCCAAUUGCAGGAAUCUGCGGGAGCUGGACUUGCAUGAGAGCGAUGUGGAGGACCUGAAUGGGCAUUGGCUCAGCCAUUUUCCUGAUACGUACACAUCACUUGUUUCCCUUAACAUUGCCUGCUUAGGGUCUGAGUUUAGUUUCUCUUCUCUGGAGCGCCUGGUGGGUAGGUGUCCCAAUCUGAAGAGUCUCCGGCUCAAUCGCACUGUGCCUCUUGACAGGCUAGCCAAUCUACUUCACCGGGCACCUCAGCUGGUUGAGUUAGGCACAGGGGCCUGCUCGGCUGAGUUGCGACCUGAUCUCUUCUCAAACCUAGCAGGUUCACUCUCGGGAUGCAAGGAACUCAAGAGCCUAUCUGGGUUUUGGGAUGUGGUCCCAGCAUAUCUUCCAGCUAUUUAUUCUAUCUGCCCUGGGCUGACAUCUCUAAAUUUGAGUUAUGCCAUUAUUCCAAGCCCCGAUCUUAUAAAGCUUGUUAGCCAAUGUCCAAAUCUGCAGCGCCUUUGGGUAUUGGAUUACAUUGAAGAUGUUGGCCUUGAUGCCCUGGCAGUAUCUUGCAAAGAUCUACGAGAAUUAAGGGUGUUUCCAUCAGAUCCGUUUGUAGUGGAACCAAAUGUGUCGUUGACAGAGCAGGGCCUCAUAUCUGUUUCUGAGGGCUGUCCAAAGCUCCAGUCAGUUCUGUACUUCUGCCGGCAAAUGUCUAAUGAUGCGCUAAUCACCAUUGCAAGGAAUCAACCUAACUUUACAUGUUUUCGUCUUUGUAUAAUUGAGCCCCGAACUCCAGACUACCUUACCCUUGAGCCACUUGACGUGGGUUUUGGGGCCAUUGUUGAGCACUGCAAGGAUCUCCGGCGGUUGUCUGUCUCUGGUCUACUAACUGAUCGUGCGUUUGAGUAUAUUGGAACACAUGGAAAAAAGUUGGAGAUGCUUUCUCUAGCCUUUGCUGGAGAUAGUGACUUGGGGCUUCAUCAUGUAUUGUCUGGGUGUGAGAAUCUACGGAAACUGGAGAUUAGGGACUGUCCUUUUGGUGAUAAGGCUCUUUUGGCCAAUGCUGCAAAGCUGGAGACAAUGCGAUCCCUUUGGAUGUCUUCUUGCUCAGUGAGUUAUGGAGCAUGUAAGCUGCUAGGUCAGAAGUUGCCAAGGCUUAAUGUUGAAGUUAUAGAUGAGAGGGGACACCCGGAAUCCAGGCCGGAGAGCUGUCCUGUUGAGAAGCUCUACAUUUAUAGGUCCGUCGCGGGGCCAAGGUUUGACAUGCCUGGCUUUGUUUGGACCAUGGAUGAAGAUUCUGCAGUGAGGGUUACUUGA